AAAGUCCGCACUUGAGCAAUUCACCUUGUUGCAGAAGGGGUGCAGCACAGAAAACUCGGCAGUGUUGAAAAUUUGCCAUUAAAUACUUUAGUCGACGGUAAAGAAGGUUGUUGUGUUUUUUUACCCUGAAAACCAAGCGACCAAGCUGCUGCAUUAUGGACCCCAGUAAGUCUGCCAGCGCCCCUCCAACGGACUGGACUGAUGAAAAGUCCUCCAUGGCCCAUGCGCCCCCUCCGCCCUACCAGGACCAGCCCGGUGCCGGACACCCACAGCAGCAGGGCUUUGGGCCUCCACCACAGUAUGGAGGUGCUCCUUAUGGACAGCAGCCCAUGGGUCAGCAGUACCCAGGACAGCAAUACCCGGGACAGCCAUACCCAGGACAGCCAUACCCGGGACAGCAAUACCCAGGACAGCCAUACCCGGGACAGCAGGCCACCGUCACUGUCCAGCCCACAGUCUAUGUGGCUCGAGGCCCACUGGAACACCCCCUCAACGACUACUUGUGCUACUCCAUCUUCAACUUGGUGUGCUGCUGCCUCCCGCUUGGAAUUGCUGCUCUCAUCUACUCCAUCUUUACCCGUGAAGCCAACCGUAGUGGGGACCGGAUAGAUGCGGAGCGGAACAGCAGGAUAGCCAGGACACUGAACCAUGUGGGCCUGGGAAUCGGCCUUGGGGUCAUCGUCCUCACCAUUGUCUACGCCGUGGUUAUGGCGAGUCUUGUUCACAACUAAAUCUGUUUCAACGUCUUUCCUAUAUGUCUAGUCCCCAGUUUUGUUGUUUAUCAGGUAAUCAGACCACAUCAGGAACAUUACUGGUCAUCAGAAAGAGCUGUUGUUGAAGAUUUGCAACCCUCUGAUUGGCUACAAGACCUUUGAAAAGUGUCUGAUAUAUUAAUUCACAGUAGAUGGCCAUGUAACCCAUUACUCUCCAACUCUGUAGAGAGUAACCAGUACAACCACCCAAAGAUUCAUAUAUCUUCAACUUUUUUGUUUGUGAUUUGCUUUCUAUGUCACCAAGCAUAAAAAUUAACAUUUUUUGUUUUGAUGUGAAAAAUAUAUUUCAACGUUGAUGCCUUAAAGAUUCAGCCUUAGGUCAGUGUUGCUCUACCACAUAUAGACUUCAAGUAUUGUCAAGCAUAUGAUUAUCAAUGCACAGUUUGUAGUGUGUCAUUUCAAGUCAAGUUUUUUUUUCCAGUUUUGUAAUUGAAAGUUGAAAGAGUUGUCUUAUUGUACGAUGGCUGAAACAUUGCUGCCCUUUCAACAGAAUUAUAGAAUGUAAAAUAUCCAUUUUAACCUCCUAACUCACUUAAAAGUAUGCUUACAUAGAAUAACAUUUAAAAACAACUAACCUAAUAUACUCACAGAAGGAGAAAGUGCUCAUGCUGAAAACGUAAGGCUAUGUUCACACUGCAGGUCUUAAUGCAAAAUUCAAAUUUUUUGCUCAGAUCUGAUAUUUUGUUUGGCUACUCCACGCAACCAUGUGAUUUGUGCUGUUCACAGGGUUAUAAAAAAAUCUGAUCUGAGACACAUACAAGCAACAAAAAAUAUAUAUUUGUGCCACUUUUGCCUACGGUCUGAACACGCCUUAAAGAAGAAGGAUUGAGCCUGGUUGUGUAUCUAUUCGUGUGCACGUUAAAAGGUGAUCUACUGCUCUUUUUCCAGUUCUUCCGUUCUUUAAUUAGUUCUCUUCCAGCUUCACACAAAGUCAGCAGAAACUUAGCAUCAAUAUGUCUGAUGCAGCCAGUUGAUGCAUCAGUGGCUGUAGCUCUAUUUCAAAAUCAGUGUGUGACGUACAGCCUGCAUGUUGUUUGGCUCUUUGUUCUUUUCUUCACUGAAGCUGAAAUUUUUUCUGUAUGCCAAAUUUCUUUAUAAAUAAAGUAUAUUGAGAUAAAAACAAA